CUGAAAGAGACAGCAUGUCCACAGUUCUCAUCAGCCAGACUAAAAACAGAGAUUUACUCAGGUACAAAGGCCAUUGGGGGAGAUUUACUCCAGUACAAAGUCUCAUCAUAGAUUCAUCUCAUUGGCUGCGCUGCAGGUGACAUGUGAUGGGUGGCUGACCAAGACACAGUGUGUCCCGUGACUAGUGUUAGAUUUGGGUGGACUUCACAUACCAGACCGUAUCACAAUAGACCCCCGCUCUCAGUUUAAACAACACCAGGGGUCUGGAGCCAGGGCAUGUAGACUUGAUUCCUGGUCUACUAGACCCCUCUGCCUGGCAUUCACACCUUUAUCUAGCAUAAACUCGAUAGACCUCAUCCUCAUUGUUUUUUUAACCACUAUGCGUGCCGUUAUUUGAUUGAAGUGUGUUAUAGACUGGACUGUGUUGAUCUAUUAACAGAUGAAUGAUGAAUGAACUGGCAGUUGUAGGUUGCGUCAACACAUGGUCACAUUAUCCAAUCAGAGACGGGACCGCUUUGAUUGAAUGAAUGGGGAGCAUGCCUGGUUGGGGUUUGUUCUCUCCUCAAGGUGGUCAACCUGCAAGGUGACCAUUGUCAGAAAUGGUGGGGGAACUCUCUCUCUCUUGUCUACUUUAUAUUCUCAUAUACCAAACAGAAACUGUGAACCCAAGUGCUUCAUGAUUGGGCUGCUUGCUGUCUAAGCAGCCUAUGGUUAUACAUUUACUAGCAUGUCUACUGUGACCUCUCUCAGGUCACAUGGAAAUCCCUGUCAUACAAGAUUUAAACUUACUUGUGUUCAACCAUAUGUCCAAUACAUUUUAAAAAAUGCAACCUACUUAAAUGUCAGGAGAGCUAAUGAAUAACUGUCAAACUAUAAAAAAAAUCCAAAUAUUUACAUUAUAGACUUAUAGAUACUUGAAUAUCUUGGUUACCGUACCGUACAAUUAAUAGUGAUGGACUUUUAAUAUCAUUGAUAAUAAUAGACUGAAUAGUUUUAUAGUUGGCCAUAUAUCAGUUGGCCACAAAGACGAUUUUCUCUGUGAGGUCAGUGGACUACUCUAGAACACUGUGCUCCACAACCAUUGAAAUCGAAAUGAAAUCUAUUGUGGACAUUCUGUAGUAGUCAUGGCAACCUGUGAGUAUUCCACCGGGCUGUUGACCUCCCCAGCAUCUCCCUUGACUUUCCACUCCUUCAUCUUGCAAGUGACUAGUAGGGAGAGAGAAGGCCAGAGGGGCUUAUGACAUCAUCGUGUGGCAUUGUGACAUCAUCAGUGUGACAACCAACAUGUGGGCUGUGCCUAAAUGGUUGCAUGAAGCUGUUUUGAGAACGGUCUACAGGAGGGAGAACGCAUCCAUGUCACCCUCCAAAGAGGCUGCUCCUAGCUGCCCGGUCUCUGCCUGGAGUGCCAAAAAGACCAGCGCAAGGAAGAGACAGCACCGUGUGUCUGUGAAGGCGGUGAGGGAGCACUCAGACUACAGACAGAAGAAGAAGAAGAAGAAGAAGAGGAGGAAGAAGAAGAAGCGGCAGGAGAAAAGGCUAGCAAAGAGCUGCUGCUCUCAUUCCUCAGCGGGUAGAGAGGGAGACGAGGCGAAGGUGAACGACUCCUACCAGCUGGAGCGCCACUGCCGGCUGGCAUUCGGCCCGGCGCUGGGCACCAGGAGCAUGGCCCACUGGCGGGCAACCAAGGGGAUUGUGAAUUGGGCAGAGAACCAUAAUAUGCGCCACCAACCCUAUAACAGGAGCCCCUCCAAGGCCUCUGCAAAGCAUCCGGAGCCUAAACCCAAGCUCAUUCUAAAGGAUGUUGGUCCCAAAGAGCUGACUGAAACGGGGAGAUUUGAGACCUUAUACAGUAUGGGAGAGUUGAUAGGACACGGUGGCUAUGGAAGUGUGUAUGCUGGACACAGGAAGUCAGACAAUCUCCCCGUGGCACUGAAAAUGGUGGACAUGAAUAGGAUCAAAAUGUGGGCGAAAAUGUCAGAGUUCGAGGAGCCCAUCCCCCUGGAGAUCGCCCUGCUGAGGCAGGUGUGCCGUAGCCACCCCUGCCAGGGGAUUGCCCAGCUCCUGGACUACAUGGAGCUCCAAGAGUCCUACGUGAUGGUGCUGGAGAGACCCGAGCCGUGCCAGGACCUCUUCACCUACAUGCAGGAGGGCCAGGGCUACCUGGAGGAGGCCAUGGCCAAGCACAUGCUUCAGCAGCUGGUAAGGGUGCUGCUGCACUGCCACUCGCGAGGGGUGGUCCACCGCGACCUGAAGCCGGAGAACAUCCUGGUGGAGACGGCCACACAGCGCCUUAAACUGCUGGACUUUGGCUCGGCUUCUGUGAUUAAAGAAGGACACUACACAGAUGUUGCUGGGACACCUGAGUACUUCCCGCCUGAGACAGUGCUGAGAGGAGAGUACUUUGCAGUCCCUGCCACGGUGUGGUCUCUAGGCAUCCUGCUCUUUCAGAUGGUUUGGGGGGAUGUGCCCUUCUACGAUGAAGCUGCCAUUGUGAAGGGAAUACUAUACUUCCCUCGUGGCAUAUCAAGAGAAUGUCGUCACCUCAUUCGCCAGUGUCUAACUGUCAGUCCCAAAGAUCGACCAACUUUGGAACAAAUCCUUCUUCACCCAUGGAUGUUAUAGGAACACAGCUCAGUAUAUAUACUGACUUUGCCUAUAUUUGUUUUCAAAUAAAGUAUUU